AUGGCGAAAAAGGCCAAAACUAUUUUUAACUUGCUCAAAAAACCAAAAGAUUUUCAUUGUGAUGACCGAUGUGAACAAGCAUUUUCUGAUUUUAAAAGAUUUUUAUCUGCACCUCCUAUCCUGACCAAGCCUCAGCGCCACGCCGAUCUCUUGUUGUAUCUUGUCGUGGCUGACAAUGCAAUCAGUGCGGCACUUAUGCAAACUGACGGUAAAAAACAAAUUCCUAUUUACUUUAUUAGUCGUGUUUUGCAGGCGAUAGAGAAGAGGUAUCAAACUAUUGAGAAAUUGGUUCUUUCCUUAAUAACCUCAGCUUGUCGACUUCGGCCUUAUUUUCAAAGUCAUCAGAUUGUAGUCAAGACCGAUUAUCCCAUCAAACAGAUACUUCGAAAGCCCGAUCUUGCAAGUCAGAUGACAACUUGGUCGAUUGAGCUAUCUGAAUAUGGAAUAAAAUAUGAAAGUCGUGGAGUGUUGAAAGCCCAAUGUCUUGCUGAUUUCAUAGCCGAGCUCACACCCAACAUUUCGUUGGAAGAUCAAUUCUGGAUCUUACACGUUGAUGGCUCAUCUAAUACCAAAGGUAGUGGUGCAGGGAUCAUCCUUGAAGGCCCUAAUGAUAUGAUGCUUGAGCUUGCAAUCAAGUUUGACUUUCGAGAUACUAACAACCAGGCAGAAUAUGAAGCUUUGCUUGCAGGUUUGAGAUUGGCCAAUGAUGUCAGCGUCAAGAAGCUCAGAUGUUGUGGCGAUUCCAAGUUAAUUACAGAGCAAGUAGGAGGAAAUUAUCAAACAAAAGAACCACAACUCCAAAGGUAUAACCUUAUGGUGUCUCAUCUAACCUCGUCCUUUGACCAUUUUCAGAUCGAACACAUUCCAAGAGCACAAAAUGUUAGAGCUGACUUGCUAUCCAAACUAGCCAGUACUAAACGUCCAGGACAGUAUAAAACAAUUAUCCAAGAGACAAUUAGUACUCCCAGCUAUGAUUCUGUAGCCGUAUUGGCCAACAAUCCUAGUCAGUCAAGUUGGAUGUCAAACAUUUGGCAAUAUCUUACAAAUGGUACUUUACCAAGUGACAAAUUUGAAGCUUCAAAAGUCAAAGCCAAAUCUUGUCAUUUCACAAUCGAAGCUGGUGAAUUGUUCAAAAGAAGAUUCUUAAUGCCCCUUUUAAAAUGUCUUGACCUGGAUCAAGCUGAGUAUGUAAUGAGCGAGAUCCAUCGGGGUAUAUGUGGUAUGCAUUCUGGAGCUCAAUCCAUGGCUGCAAGGGUAGUCCGAGCUGGCUACUAUUGGCCAACUAUGAGAUUAGAUUGUAAAGCAUAUGUACAAAAAUGCGAAGCUUGUUAG